UCUCCGUCUGCUCAUCCACAAGCAACCACUGGGGGACUCGCCCGUCAUGUACACGCCAGGCGACGCAUUUGGCUCGGAGCCGCAGACGCCUAUUCCGGCUGCAACACCAAGAUCGAGUUUUCCUACCCCAAGCUUUCGGACAUCGAGGAUCGAUCAGACCAAAACCGAGAUUGUUCCGACGGAUGCGACAUACGAUGGUCCAUGGUCGUUUGGAUACGACUACGACCGCUUUGCUGCCCUGCUGGCGGCCGACCCAAAGGAAACAACCGACUAUCGAGAGACGGAGCUCAUACCUCGAUACAUCGAGCUCUGCACAAAAAUGAUCGAUGAUCUCGAGUCUCGCGAAGCGUCUGCGAGUCGAGAUGAGAUUGAGAUGUGGGCGCUCGAGCGCAAUUCCUGGCAUCUCAUUCAAGACUUGGUGAGCUACCGCCUCGAAGACCCCAAGAGCAAACUGCCUUUCCAUCCAUUCGAGAGCGAUAGUCAGAUUGUGAGCGAAUCGAUCGCAUCCAACCCCGAGGUGGCAGAGUUGUCCCGAAUCCUUGCCUGGCUCGAGAAGAUCGCGCCUCCGUUCCAACCCGUCGAGAAGCGGCCUGGCUACUGGCCCAUGACCAAGAAGCGUUCGACCAAGUAUACGUUCGACCCCGACCUUACCAGCCGGGAACGUGGCGCCCUGGCUCCGGAGGACGACGAGUUUGAUCGCAAGCUGAGUGAGACCGUCUUCCAGUAUUGCCGCCGCGGACGCUAUCAAGAGCUGGUUCAGCUCUGCCAAGGCUGUGACCAGGCGUGGCGAGCGGCGCUGCUGCAAGGAAGCGAGUUCAGCGCACAUCACGGCAUCGAUGGCGGUGCCGAGCUGGGCUUUGGUGGCGAAGCUGAGAUUGGUGGCAACGUGAAUCGCGAUCUUUGGAAGGCAGUCUGCUAUGAGAUGGCACGGAACACCUCCGAUCGAUACGAACGUGCUCUCCUCGCCGCUGUAAUUGGCGAUGUGAACAUGACGAUUCCCGUUUGUGAAUCAUGGGAAGAUCAUGUCUGGGCAUACAUCCGCGCCCUGCUUGAGGCCAAGUGCGACGAGGCACUUGCCCAAAUCCCCCAGAUUCCCGGUAUCUACGACGACCAGCUUCCGAUGUUUGUGCCCCACUUUUCCGGUACGCUCGAGAAGGUCCUUAUUGACAUGACCCGAAGUGACAUCACGGCCCUGAGUACCAGCGCCCGCCAUCCCAUGCGCAUGUUCCAGUCAUUCCUGAUGCUGAACAGGAUGACCGAGUUUCUCGAUGGCAUUUGCAGCUAUAUCCAAGCCCCCACUGCCGAGAACAGAAUCAAAAACUUCCCCCAGUACCUUCGGUUUGUCGUCCACAUGAUUCUCAUCUGCCGCGACGUCGAGUAUCCUAUCCCUGCAGCAGCGUCCAACAACGUGAUCCGGCACUUUGUAAAGCUCUUGAUCGAUGGCAACAAGCGGCCCCUCGUACCUCUCUACACAUCGUAUCUUCCUCGGGACCAACAAAUUCAAAUGUACUCGCUCUUCUUGGCUGGGAUCGAUGAUUCAUCCGAGGAGCGCUACAAGUACUGGAAGAUCGGAUUCGAGUACAGUCUGGACAUGAUGAGCAUCGGGUACAAAGUUGUCGAGUGCAUCUUUGUCAAGGGCAUCUUUUCGGAGCGUCUCCCUCCAAGUUCUCUCGAAGUGAAGGUCACGCAGAUCAACGACUCGCUCAGCAAACUCGAUCGCAGCCAGAUCUAUGCACUGGAGUGGCUUUCGUUCCAACGGGAGCAGCAAGAGCAGCUUCUCUACGGAGUCAGCUUCCUGAUUCGGCGUUUCCUCGUGCACGGACGAGUCCAUGCCGCUCGCCAGACGUUCGACCACGUUGUCGCGGACUGGGUCAAGGAGUUGCGGGCCCAGCUCGAGGACUCGAUGAAGGACAGCCCCGAAAUCAAGGCCCGCAUCCGCUCGAUCGAGUGUCUCACGUCGGAGCUCAACUUUUACUUUGAGUUUCUGGAGGCGGUCAAGGCUUACACCAAGUGGAGCAUUCUCUUGAUGAAGCGACCGAGGCAGAGCAAAACCAUCGAUGGCCUCAACCGUGUCAGUGCCGGCGACCAGGCCAAUCUGGCUCAGUGGCAGAUCCAAAUGAUGAACGAGUCCAAGGGAGCAAUCGAUGCUCUUGAGAGGGUUGUCCGCAGCAACUGGCUGCAGGUUCUCCUUGAGGACGAUACCGCCGGGGACGAGCAAAAGGCAGAGUACCAGCUGCUGCGAUGCGUCUACCUGCCCGAGCUCGUGAUCUGGCUCCAGCAAAUCUACUAUGAGACGAGAGACUUGAUUCCAGGCAACCUCGAGCGGAGCAUCUCGAUCGUGCAGGAAGUCACGUCGCAACCGAUGGAAAGCGAGUUCCAAGAGUCCAAGAAGCUCCCCGUCCUGCUGUCCAAGGUGCGCAAGGCCGCGAUCGAGUCGCUUCUCAGGACCGGCAAGGACGGAGACGACAACGGCUUUGCUUGGGGCAGCAAACUCAGCCAGGGCAAGAAACUCGUGGCCAGCAAAUAUUGAAACAGAGUGCGGACGCGGGAGCAAUAAACCUCGCAAAAGUCCAUGCCC